AGUGCAUUUGGUGAGGUUGCCAGAGUAGGUGAAUAUUAAAUCUGUAGACUUUAGAACUUUUGUCGGAACGUCGUAAUAAACCAGUUUCUACUAUUUCACAAUGGCUGAUCAGCUGACAGAGGAGCAGAUUGCUGAGUUCAAAGAGGCUUUCUCGCUCUUUGACAAGGAUGGUGACGGCACAAUCACCACCAAAGAGCUUGGCACCGUCAUGCGCUCCCUAGGCCAGAACCCUACUGAGGCUGAGCUGCAGGACAUGAUCAACGAGGUGGAUGCAGAUGGUAAUGGAACGAUAGAUUUCCCAGAGUUCCUGACCAUGAUGGCGAGGAAGAUGAAGGACACAGACAGUGAGGAGGAGAUAAGAGAAGCUUUCCGUGUCUUUGACAAGGAUGGCAAUGGUUACAUUAGUGCUGCUGAGCUGCGCCAUGUGAUGACAAACCUGGGUGAGAAGUUGACUGAUGAGGAAGUUGAUGAAAUGAUCAGAGAAGCAGACAUUGAUGGAGAUGGCCAGGUUAACUAUGAAGAGUUUGUACAAAUGAUGACAGCGAAGUGAAGGCCUUGUACAUAUGUUUCUUAUAUAAAUAACUUGCCUUUUUUCUUUGUGUAAUUUAUCUGUAAAAUCUUAAUAGCCGCCCUGCUGUCCAAAGGAACUGCAUGUAAACUGCAUAGGCUCUGAGUCCCCAUGUCCUUUCAUUUGCUGUCAUCGUGUUUUGGAGUGACUGAGCGGCUGUAUAUAACGGAUGCUCGUUGAAGCCCCAGGGUCUGAAGAGAGCUUUAUCUUCACGUCAUGUUGGCUCAGGCCCCCACCUCGCCCCGACACUUGGCCACAUUGGAGACCUGUCA